GACUCUGGGGAAAUGAUCCAGGAGACAUCUACAGAAACCAAAAAUGGAGUUUUAUAACACUGAGAAUCGUUUACUCUUGUGAACAAUACGAUCUUCUUGACUGGGCUGUGAACUUCAUGGCAGUUGUGUCUUCUGUUAUUUUUUGGUACCCCUCAAGGUCCUAAACACAAUCCUACAUAAAUGUGAGGCUCCACCUGUGCUCAUCAGCUGGCAGAGACGCGAUGGCUUCAUGGUCACAUCAGGGGAGAGAAAGCACAGGUUACAAAGUCCGGGGGACACUUGUUGUUGGCCUUUAUCUUCCUUGACAUCCAUGGACCGCAAAUUCCUCCUUCAAACACUUGCUUCCCUUGGCUUCUGAACCACGGGCUUUCUCUCCUACCUCCCUGGCUGCUUCAUCUCAGCUCGGCUGCCUUUGUGAGAGCCACUUGCACUGCCUGUCCCCCGACGCUUCUCUGCAGCCCCUUCAAGGGUGGCAUGAUGCCCUUCACCCUCCACCUGAGGUCCUGCCUUCCCUCUGCCAGAAGGUGUGUGAUUCUACAAAAGAAAUUAAGCAGCAGAAACACAUCCAGCACAGCAGGGGGGCUCCGGCCAGCCAGCGUGGUGGUCCUGCCCAGCUCCCUCGCUGCAGCCUUCGAAAGGUUCUGCCAGGCCAACAAUGGCCCUCUGCCCCUGCUGGGCCGAAGUCAGCCAGAAAAGUGGCUGCUGCCUGCCCGAGGCGCUGCCCCGGACUCCAGAAUGGGCUGUCCCCAGUUCCUGAAAUACGAGUUCGGUGCCUGCACAGGCAGCCUGGCCUCCCUGGAGGGGCACUCGGAGCAGCUGAGGGACAUGGUGGCCUUCCUCCUGGACUGCAGCUUCUCCCUGGAGGGGGCCCUGGAGAAGGUGGGGCUCCCCAGAAGAGACCCAGCAGGUCACGGCCACACAGGAGCAUACAAGACAACCGUGCCUUGUGCCACCCAUGCUGGCUUUUGCUGCCCUCUGGUGGUCACGGCGAGGCCCGUUCCCGAGGUUGAGCUGGGAAGGUUGGUGCGGGCCAGCUGCUCCCUCGGUGGGGCACGAGGACAGCCUGUUCACAUCGGUGACCCAGAACUGCUGGGAAUCAAGGAACUUUCCAGACCCGACUACGGGGAUGCUGUGGUGUGUCAGCCAGGGGAUGUUCCGGUGUUCUGGCCUUCCCAGCUGACCAGUCUGGAAGCUGUCAGCAGCUGCAAGGCCCCACUGGCUUUCGCCAGCACGCCGGGCAGCACAGUUAUGACCGACCUGAAGGACACAAAGGCUCCAGACAGUCUUCUCAGCCCGGAGAGAACCCCAGAGGUCCACCGCAUUUCCCAGGAUCCUUUGCACUACAGCGUCGCGUCAGCCUCAGCCGUUCGGAAGGUCCGCGAGCUGGAGGCCAUGAUCUCCCUCGACCCAGGCAACCGGGGGAUUGGGCACCUGCUCUGCAAAGACGAGCUGCUGAGAGCCUCUCUGUCCCUGUCCCACGCCCGCUCAGUGCUCAUCACCACCGGGUUCCCCACCCAUUUCAAUCACGAGCCUCCGGAAGAGACGGACGGCCCACCAGGAGCCAUCGCGCUGGCCGCCUUCCUGCAGGCCCUGGAGAAGGAGGUCUCCAUGACGGUUGACCAGAGGGCCGUGAACUUGCACCGGAAGCUUGUUGAAGAUGCUGUUGAGCAAGGUGUUCUGAAGGCAGAGAUCCCAAUACUAACUUACCAAGGUGGAUCAGUGGAAGCUGCCCAGGCAUUUCUGUGCAAAGACGGGAACCCCAAGUCACCUAGGUUCGACCACCUGGUGGCCAUCGAGCGUGCGGGCAGAGCUGCCGACGGCGGCUACUACAACGCCAGGAAGGUGAACAUCCAGCACUUAGUGGACCCCAUCGACGAUCUUUUUCUUGCCGCAAAGAAGAUUCCUGGAAUCUCGUCAACGGGAGUCGGUGAUGGCGGCAACGAGCUGGGGAUGGGCAAAGUCAAGGCGGCUGUGAAGAGGCACAUACGGAAUGGGGACGUCAUUGCCUGUGACGUGGAGGCUGACUGUGCUGUCGUUGCUGGUGUCUCCAACUGGGGAGGCUAUGCCCUGGCCUGUGCUCUCUACGUCCUGAACUCAUGUGAGGUCCACGGACGCUACCUGAGGAAGGCAGUUGGACCCUCCAGAGCACCUGGGGAUCAGAGCUGGACUCGGGCCCUCCCAUCGGUCACUAAGGAGGAAAAAAUGCUGCGCAUCCUGGUGCGGCACAAGGUCCGGAGCGGAGUCUCGGGCGUCGUGGGCAUGGAGGUGGACGGGCUGCCCUUCCACGGCACCCACGCGGAGAUGAUCCAGAAGCUGGUGGACGUCACCACACUGCGCGGGUGACCGUCCGUGUUCACGCAUGCGGAGUCCCCCCACCCCCGUGGCCAAGCCUGCGUCUAGCGGGGAGUCCCCUGAGGGCCCCCUGCUUCUUCCCGCAGGAGUCUUGCGAACAAACACUGGCCGUGGGUGAGCAGUGAACUCCCCAGUGGCCUGGAAAACCGCGUGCCCCUUCCUGGGAGGGGACGGCGCAGAUGAUGUGGACCAAGGACAUUUCUCUGGGGCUGUUUUGCUCCUGUUCCCCAGGUGCUAGAGGCGUUGAUUCAAUCCUCCUUCGCCCUGGCGGCUUCAGGCCACGCACGUGGUCUGCUCUGAGGAUCUCUCAACAGUCGCUCGUGGGACACCAGUGAGCAGUUAACUGCCAGGCAGAGCACAGGACUCAGCGUUACCAAGGCCUUGAAGAACCCCCAGACUACGGCAGCCACCCGCCCACCCCCACCCCCGGUUAUCCACAGUUUCAGUUACCCACGGUCAGCUGCAGUCUGAAAAUAUUAAAUGGAAAAUUACAGAAGUAAACAACUCCUAAGUUUUAAAUUGCCUGCUGUUCUGAGCAUUGUGACGAAAUCUCGCCCCGUACUGCUUGGUCCUGCCUGGGACAUGAAUCAUCCCUUUGUCCAGGGCGCCCACGCCGUCCGAGCUCCCCGCCCAUGAGUCACUUAGCAGCUGCCCAAGUGGUCAGAUGGAUUGUCCUGGUGUCGCAGUGCGUAUGUCCAACUCACUCUUACUGGACUUAACGGCGGCCUCAAAGUGCAAGAGCAGUGACGCAGGCAGUUCAGGUGCGCCCGAGACAAGACGGAAAGCGCUUCCUUCAGGGGAAAGUUAUUGACUUGAGGAGAGAGAAAAAAUCCUAUGCCAAGGUUGCUAAGACCUAUGGUGAGAAUGGAUCUUCUGUGAAAUCAUGAAGAAGGAAAACACUUUCAUGCCAGUUUUGCCGUUGCCCUCAAAUUGCAAGAGUUAUGGCCACAAUGUGUUUGCAAAGAUGGGAAAGGCAUCUUUUGUGGGGAAAGACACGGACAGAAACAUGUUCCAACUGACAGCAAGCAGGUCUGACACUGUCCAAGGUUUCAGGCACCUGCUGGGGGUCUUGGAAGAUAUCCCCUGCAGGUGAGGGGGACCACUGUAAUUAAGAAAUGGUAAAAUGGGCCAGGCGUGGUGGCUCCUAGCACUCUGGGAGGCCGAGGCGGGAGGAUGGCUCAAGGUGAGGAGUUCAAA